CGCGCGCGCUGGAGGAGACGGCGAGUGCGCGAUAGCUCGGCCGCCAAAAAUUCAAUCCGGCACGUCACCACGCCGCGGUGUGUAUCAACAUUGAAAAAUCAAUGGUAACUCGUGACGUAGGUGUCCCGCCUCAACGGCAGCCAAUGGAUGCGCUCGUGCGCCCCUACCACCUCCCGCCGCCGUGACUCCGCGAGACCCUCGAGAUCCACGCGCGGACCGGCGUGCUUAUUCCGUAGCGCACUGCCGCAUCGUACGCACGUAAAGUUGAGGAACGCACCGCCCGGGCCGCAGACGACGGACGCUCACAGCUAACCGAAAGAGGGGGACGUCAUACGUAUACCGCGAGCGCACUCGUGCGAGUGCCCACACGUGUAUGAAGUUUUCCAGUUUGAUCAGCCAGGCGUGAGGGUCGUCGGCCACGCACGUCAACGUCGUCGAUGCGAAGCGACAUCGAGCGCGAUUGAUUACGCAGCGGAGUUGUGCGAAAAUCAGAGUCGGCGGUGAGAAUCCUGGCGAGAUUUCGCGGCUAGACCGUUUGACACAUCGGUGUGAGAUUGGCCUUCUCUCUCGCUCUCGCGCAAACGAGGCACGAACUUUUUAGACCCGUCUGGGAGAGCGACGGAGAAAGAGUGACAGAGAGGAAGGUAUUGAAGGGAGACAGAGGAAGGGACGAGCCGAGCAGACGACGCGCGAAAGGGAGACGAGACGAUAAAGAGCGAGAUGGCGUUCAUGAUGCCCGUGGUGAAAAACGAAUGGGACAUUUACAAGACUAAUCGUAAUCGCCGGUCGUCCGAGUGCUCGAAUCCGCAGACCUGUCGCAGCCGGAAGGUCCAGCAGGCACGGCCGUCUUGCCAAGUGCGGCACGACCGAUCAUCCUUCCGUCUCGAUUCUCAUGGUGUCCGAAUGUUCCAAGUCGGAGGGCCCGUCGUUAUCGACCUCCCCCGGCUCCGACUUUCUCACCUCGCCGGCGCACCGGUCCGUGCCGCUGACCUCGCGGCAUUUCUCGAGGACGUCUUCGAGGGCGUCCCAAAGUUCGCUCCAAAGUCCGAGCAAGAGCACGGGCACAUCGCCGCCGAAGACCGGCAGCUCCAACUCCCUCAACAAGUUCCACAACCGGCUGGUCGACAAGCUGAAACGCUCGCUGAAGAAGGCGGACGACUGCGCGGAGGAUCAGCGGAAUCUAUCGUGAAACAUUCAGGGGGUUUUGGGCCGGCCGCCCGCGUCCGGCUCGAAACCGAUCGAGAUCCGACGCACUUCGGCACCCGCUACCACAUCCGAGUCGAGCAGCAAAGUGGCGGCACGCUCGUGUCCGGAUCCACCUUCAGCUUGGUAGGGAAGAAAGAGAAAGGAGGAAGAGAUAAUAAUGACGGAGGAAACGGAGAGUAACGGGGAAUGUGUGCGAAUGUGAGGGAGAAAGAGAGACAGAGAGGAGAAGAUGCACGAACGUACGGCAGAAGGGAGCGAGUUCGCAUAUGUUCAGCUCGAAAGCGAGCACGCUCAAGUUUGUUAGCCCAGCAUGGACGAGGAAGAGGAGGCAGAGCGGAGGAGAUGGUUGAACGAUCCUCGAGCCGUUGUUCGGCUCGCUGGAUGUCGAUCGUGUCAAGAAUCCUCGCGGGUCGAGAGACCUCGAUCGAGCGAUCAGGCGAUGGCAACUUCGCGGCGAGCACUCGAGAGGACGAAGAGAGCUGCUUGGGACGAGUCCUCUGGAUCGCAACUUCUUUGAGCAUCCAGUUUCGUGACAACGUCGUUACGGAGGCCAAACACUAUCAACUAGCCAAUACAGCGCCAAGAUCUCGCGUUUUCUCCUGGAUAAACGUUUGAGAAUCUGUUUAAGAUGGCGAGGGAAAGAAUGGGGAAGGCGAAAGAAGAGGAGCAAGGAGGACGGAAGGAUCGCGACCGAUCGGUCGAUCGAGGAUUUCGGGGAAUCGUCGGAGAUGAUCGAAAGUCGAGGGACAAUCGCAAAGGACGAAGGAGUCGGCGGAAGGAAGCGAGGUACAUACUAAUAAAACAAGGAUUACGUAUCGAGAUCGCGCGAAUCGCGAGUGUUCUCGCACGUUGAAUGUCGCGGGCUCGCUCCGCGGUUAGUCGGUUUACGGGGAAUAGUCAUUUGAGUUGCCAGACCUAAAUGUUAAGUUCCUUCAUCGCGCGCGCGAUCUCUGUCGUGCGCGUCGCGCUCUAUACGUUGUUCUUUUCCUAACGUAGGACGAUCGGGGACGAAGAUCGAAGAGAGAAAGACAUUCUGCGGGCGCGAGGGUGUUUCCGUGGAAGGAAAUAAUGCCGGGAGGACGUCGCGAAGAUGCCCGAAAGACACUCUCUCUCUAAUCUGGUGUACGAAAUCUGAUAUUAUAAACUGCUGUUAAAAACUG